AUGACUCUGCCACUUUCUGUGUCUUCUGACAGUUUUGGAAAUGUUUUACUUCUGAUCUUCCAUGCUGUCUUUGCCACAGCUAUAGCCAUGGUCAACGGAUGUGUGCUUAUUGCCAUACUGAUGACACAUUCUCUUCGAAGAGAAAACAGAUUUAUCUUUAUGGUCAGUACCAGCAUAAGUGACUGCCUUGUUGGUUUAGGUUGGUACUAUGAGGGGAUAUUUGAUGUAAAAGACCUGCCUUACCCAACUAAAAAUGGAACUUUCUACAUACUUAGUACACUGACUGGGGUUUCCAUGAUAAUUUUAGUUGCUGCACAAGUUGAAAGGUAUAUUGCAGUCACCUCUCCAUUUACUUAUGAGAAAAUAACACGUGGAAGAACAAUAACUGUCUGCAUUGUCUUAUGGACUUGGGCGUAUGGUAUGGCAGUCCCAAUUAAUCUCUUUAAGGACUCUGAAAUAGUGAUUAAGAUGCACAGCAUAACCACCCUCGUCACAACAGUGUUCACAAUCUUUGUUAUGUUAGUGCUAAACAUUAAGCUGUUCCUCAUAGCCAAGAACCAGCUCAAAAGAGACCCACCAUCCUUGGAAAGGGAGAACAAAAAAUCCUCUAUACAACUAAUCAUCGUUGUGUCCAGUACUUUUCUUAUGUGCUGGACACCAGCACUUUUUUUGCCCUUUGUGUGCAAUAUGUUGGGAAAAUGUAUAAUUUCUCAGAAUGAUGCAACAAAUAUCUUUGCAAUCUUGAUGAAGUCGUCAUCUCUGGCUACACCAGUGCUGUAUAUUAAUGGAAGUUCUGCAUUAAAAGACGCCAUUCUGAAAACAGUAUGGAGACCCUGCUGUAUAUUUACUCAUAAGUAA